ACUCAUUUCACCAGCCUUCACCAAAACCCUAAUUUGAGAAAAUGGGAAGAGUCAUCAGAGCUCAGAGGAAGGGUGCUGGAUCCGUUUUCAAAUCACACACCCACCACCGCAAGGGUCCGGCCAAGUUUCGGAGUCUCGACUUUGGUGAACGUAAUGGCUACCUAAAAGGUGUAGUCACGGAAAUCAUCCAUGACCCAGGUCGUGGCGCCCCACUCGCCAGAGUCACCUUCCGCCAUCCUUUCCGCCACCAACACCAGAAAGAGCUUUUCGUUGCUGCUGAAGGUAUGUAUACCGGCCAAUUCCUCUACUGUGGAAAGAAGGCUUCUCUAGUUGUCGGAAAUGUUCUUCCUGUCAGGGCUAUUCCUGAGGGAGGUGUUAUUUGCAACGUUGAACACCACGUCGGUGAUCGAGGUGUGUUUGCUCGAUGCUCUGGUGAUUACGCCAUUGUGAUUAGUCACAAUCCUGACGAUGAUACAUCUAGAAUUAAGCUUCCAUCUGGUAUAAAGAAGAUUGUCCCAAGUAGCUGCAGGGCUAUGAUUGGUCAAGUUGCUGGCGGUGGAAGGACAGAAAAGCCGAUGUUGAAGGCUGGUAAUGCUUAUCACAAGUAUCGUGUGAAGAGGAACUGCUGGCCUAAGGUUCGUGGUGUUGCUAUGAAUCCAGUUGAGCAUCCUCAUGGAGGUGGUAACCACCAGCAUAUUGGUCAUGCUAGUACCGUUCGUCGUGAUGCACCACCCGGUCAAAAGGUCGGUCUUAUUGCUGCUAGGAGAACUGGUCGUCUUAGAGGUCAGGCCGCUGCAACUGCUGCUAAGGGAGAUAAAUAGAUCUUUUACUAUUAAUUAUAUCAUCCUUCCUAGUGUUUGUUUUGUUUGGUUUCAAUUAUUCGACUAUCAUGUCUGUUUGGAUUUUUGUUUCAAUUUUGCUUCAGUAUAAACUUGGAUUUAGAAAGAAUUUGGCUAUUUUGUUACUGCAUGCUACUUUUUUUUAAUAUAAAUUAUCAAUCUCUUUUAUUUUAA